AAAAAUCAGUGCAAGACGAAUAUAUUUAUUGAGUAAAUACAUCAUUAGUGUACCAAACAACAAUUGAUAAUAAUGAUUGUGAUGAUGAAUAUUUUUCAUCGUCGAUUGUUAUAUUCGACAUGGCGGACCAACACAAUGUAAAUAAUAUGCUUGCGUUUGGGUAAGCGAUGAACGUAUUUCGAUUCUUGAUACCGUGUGCAUUACGUGGCGACGAAGAAGGUGUAGAUAGAGUAGAAAGAAAUUGUUGGUCUGGAGCAUUGAGACAAAAUAAUAAUUAUUGUAAUAGUGAUGAUAAUAAUGACAAUGUUAAUAGAGUUAUUGAAAAUGUUACUGGUGAUGAUGAAGAUGAUGUUGAUGAUGAUGAUGGUAAUAUCCGUAUGACCCAUAGAAUGGGAGCAUCUGCUUCGUCAAAUGUUGCUGCUGUCGGAGGUGAUCCGAUUCAAGCAGCAAGAUUAUCUUCUUCAGGAAAUAAUACAGAUCAAUUUUGUAUUGGUGUACGAGAAAGAAAAAAAAAAGCAACUGGUUUUGCUACAUUAAGAAAAAAAUUUAUUCGUCGUCGUAGAACAUCAAAAGCUUGUGAUCAUGGACGUGUUAUACGUGAAUUAGUAUCAUCAUGGAAUCCAUUAGAAAUAAAUGGUUUAUUAGAAGAAUAUGAAGCAUUAGCAGCAUUAAAAGAUCUUCAUGUACAAGCUGAAUUAGCACGUCCACCAGCAACAACAUUUAAACAAGAUUUAUCAACAUUAUAUGAUUAUAAACAUUGUACUGAUGUUGAUUUAGUAUAUCGUGGUACAUGUUUUCCAGUACAUAGAGCAUUAUUAUCAGCACGUUGUCCAUAUUUUCGUGAAUUACUUGCUGGUUGUCCUGGUUAUGGUGCACGUAUAUGUCUUGAUCUUAGAACACCAAAUUUAGAAGUACAUAUAUUUUCAGCUUUACUUAGAUAUUUAUAUACUGGUGAUAUUUGUACUCAUGAUUCAUCAAUUGAUAUUAAUAUAUUACGACGUCUUGGUGAAGAAUUUGGUACACCAAAUAAUUUAGAAAAUGAUCUUAGAUAUUUACUUGAUACUGGUGAUUAUGCUGAUGCAGCACUUGUAUUUACAUCUGAUGGUGAUUAUCAAAGACCAGAUAGUGGUAGUUCAGAAUAUGGUUUUAGACCAAAACUUGAAUUACCAUGUCAUAAAGCAAUAUUAUCAGCACGUUCAACAUUUUUUCGUAAUUUAAUACAACGUAGAACAAGAUCAGGUGAAGAUCAUACAGAAAGAGCAUUACAUAUACCAACACGAAUUGUAUUAGAUGAAUCAGUUAUUCCAAAAAGAUAUGCACGUGUCUUACUACAUGCUUUAUAUCUUGAUACUGUUGAUUUAUCAUUAAUAUUACGUGGUUCUGGUUGUGGUAAUAGUGCUGGUAGUUUAAGUGAAGUACAAGCAUUAACACAUACUGGUAGAAUGCGUCCAAGUCCACUUGAAGAAGCCAUGGAGUUAUAUCAAAUUGGUAGAUUUCUUGAACUUGAUAUAUUAUCACAAGGUUGUGAAGAUUUAAUACUUGAAUGGCUUAGUCAUGAAUCAUUAUCAAUUGUAUUACGUUGGGGUAAUCAACCACAUGGUUCAGCAUGGGUACAUCGUCAAGCUUUACAUUAUCUUAGAGAAGAAUUUCAAACAAUAACAACAAGUAUUGUAUUUUAUCAAAUUGAUCAUGUACAUCUUGUUAAUGUAUUAAAAAGUAAUUUUUUACAAGCAAGUGAACUUGAAGUAUUACAAGCUGUAUUAAAAUGGGGUGAACAUGAACUUGUUAGAAGAAUGGAAGAUCGUGAACCAAAUAUAUUAAGUCAUACUGUACAUUCAGUUGCUAGAAAAGGUAUUAAAAAAAGAGAUUUAUGUGAUAUUGAAUUACGUGAAAUAUUAAGUGAAUUAUUACAACUUGUUAGAGUUGAUCAUGUAUUACCAUCAAAUAGUGAAAUAUUAACACAAGCUAUUAGACGUGGAUUAGUAUCAACACCACCAAGUCAUAUGAUUGGUGAUGAAAGAGAAAAUUUACGACCAAAUGCAUGGAUUAGAGGAGGUAAAAGAAAUGGACUAUUUGUUAGACCAAGAUUAUUCAUGCCCUAUUAUGAAGAAAUUAAGGGACUUGUUGAGGAGCAUACUAUUCAAGAAGUUGAAUCAGUAAGAUUACGAAGAGCUAGAUAUAUUCCUGAUAUACCAGAUACAUUAUAUAUGGUUGAUGAAAAACCAAGAUCAAGAGGAGCUGUUGGUGUUGAUGUACUUGCUGCUGCACUUCCUGUUCCAGAUUCAAUGACAAUGGCGGCAAUGUUAAAACGUGAACAAAAACUUAGACAAUCACCAAGUUGUCAAAGAGCUACAAGUUUAUCAUUAUCAUGUAGACAUGAAAUUAAUUGUCAAAUAAGAUUACGUGUUGUACGAGAAUUUAAUCUUCCAGAUGCUGUUGCUGAUUUACUUGAGAAUGCUGCGUGUUAUGGAAAUGCUGAUCAUGAAGAAAACAUAAAUAGUAUUGAAAAUAUGGAAGCAAUAAACACAGCAAAUAUUAAUGUCAACACAAAUGCAACAGUUCCAGUUUGUUACAGUAGAAAUAUGACAUUUUCAAGAACAAAUUCGUCCUAUGGUCUUCGACAUGAGCUACCAGCUGUGGUUACUGAAGGCAGUGAUAAUUACAGGCUUCCAGAUGAGGAACAAGAUAAUAAUUCUUGUGGUGAAAGUCAUUUGUCUGGAAUAAUGCCAGAUGUUGCAAUGGCAACAGCAUCAUUUGGUGCACUUCAACUUGUUGAACAACAAGAACUUGAAUUAGAUCUUGGUGAUGGUACAUCACAUCUUCUUCAGCAUGUUAAUGGUAAUAAUGGUAGUGGUAAUGUUGGUAGUAUUGGACCUCAUCAUCCACUAUUACAACCUCAUCAACGUUCAAGACAUUUUUCUGGACGUCCACCACCAUCAUAUGUUUAUCACAGAUCUAGCAAUGGUCUACCAAGAUUCAUUUGAGAUACUUACACGUCCAAUCAUUACAAGUAGUAGUUUAUUUUGUAUUUUUUUUUUUUUUUAGAUACGUGAAAUAUAUAUGUACAUAAUAUACUUUAUGUAUAUGCGUGUUUUUCCAUUUGAUAAAGAGAAAGAAUAAAAUAACGAAGAGAUUAUUUCUUUUUGUUAUUCAAUGCAUGACACUAAUAAGUUAUUUUUUAAAUAAAUAAAUUGAAUCUUGAAAUACUACGCGUUUUUAUAACGACGAGUACGAAUGGCUGUAAUACAUAUUUUGACAAGUAAUGAUAGUAGUUAGUAUAAGCUAAGGAAAAACGAAAAUUAUACUACGAGACUAUAUAUUAAGCGUAAAUGCUUGACUAAAUAUAUAUCAGUGUAAAUCUAGAAUAUUCAUUUGAAUAAAUAAUAAUAUAUUGGCCAAAUGCGAUGAAAUUAUUAAUGACAAAAAUAUGAAAUGGUAUAAAUAUAUAUACUGGCACCAUUAAUAUUGGACCAAUCUAAAUAUUAUUGCCUAAGCGUAGUGAUACAUAUAAUAGAAAAAGUUUUAAAACAAAAAAAAUUAUAAUAAUUAAUGUUGCAAUAAUAUGCAUUUUUUUUCUUCCAUAAUAUAUAUUUUAUCUAUAUUUUGUUUUUAUGGUUUAUUUUGCUAUCAGGAUGUUGUUGUUAAAUUUUUUUUUUACUUUUCUUUUAAUCAAAAUUAGUUUUUCGAGAUAGAAAAAAAUAAAUAGCUCUUCUACUUAAUUGUAAUCUCUGUCGUUCUAAAUAUUGCUACAAGUAUGCUGAGCUUGCAAAAAAAAAAUUUAGAAAAGUUAAAAAAAAAACCGGUUAUAUUUAUUUAUUUAAAAAUUUCACUGCCAUUCAGUGAUAUAUUCAGCGAAAUUAUUUAAACGAGAAAAAUGAAAAACGAAAAAAAAAAAAUACAAUUCAUUGCAUUGAAAUAUUUUGUAAAUAUAAAAGCCAACUGAGGCAUUGAAAAUAAUAAUGAUAAUAAUAGUUUAAGAAAAUAAUUAUUUGUUCAAUUUCUAUUUAUCUGUUUUGCAUAUAUAAAUUUCCGUGAGUACGACGUAUUUGCACUUGUGAGAAAAAAAAAAAAAUUCUAUAAAAAUUCCACAAGGACUGGUAUUACGUUCAGCGAGUAGAAAAUAAAAAAUAUUUUCAUUUUCACCUUUACUAUUGUUAAAAAGGUGUUUAAAUUAAAAAUAAUUUAUGUUGAUUAAUUAUGAUGCGAUGAAUGAUUAAAAAAAAAAAAAAAAGAAUUAAUGAUUUUAAAAUACCAGUGAACGUUUGACCAAAUUAAUUUUUAAUAAAAAUAAUAAUGAAUGGCGCAAUUGUAAUUUAAUUUCAAUUGGCAUUAGAUGAAUGUAAAAUGAUUGUUUGUUGGAUGGAUUAUUAUUAUAAUAAUAUGUAAGAAUUGUGUUAUAUACAUUAAUUAUUAUAGAAUAAGUAAGUGCAUACAAUAUAUGUUUAGAAAAGAAAAAAAAAACAAUUUAAUCUUAUGAAAAGAAAAAUUUUAAAUUAUAGUUAAUAUUAUUAUUAUUAUUAUUAUAUUGUUAUAUUUCGAUCAGUGUCAGUCAUAAGUUAUAAAUUAUUAUUAAAUUAAAAUGCAUUUACAAGUAGGUAAUAAAUCUAGACUGAAUAAAUUAAACUCAUAAUUAUUAUUUUUUUUUUUUUUUAAUAAGUAUGUUCAAUUGUAGUUAUAUCGAAAGUAACAUAUUAUUAUUUUAAUGCUGAUGUUAUAAAAAAAAGAAAAAACAAAAUUAUUCUGAUGAUAAAUUUAUGCAAUUUUUAUUUAUCUUGUAAAAAAUACGUAUUAAUUAAUAAUUAUAUAUAUAUAUUUCAUCUUGAAAAAUUAAAUUAAUAAAAUUAUGAAUUUAUUGGUGAAUUACCAAAAAAAAAAAAACUGA